CGCAGACUGGGUCACGUUGUAUAAUCCAGUUCCGUAUAUCCUUCUGGAUGGCUCUUUGACGGUGUGUUGUUGCUAGAUGUGAAUUAGAACCGGAAGAUUUCGUGAGCCUGAGCAUUAUGCACGGUACAGCGUUGGUGACAGUGUCCAGAUAAUACAAAAGUUUUGUCGGUGUACGAUGCUUUGGAUGUGAUAUAUUAGUGGUAGAAAAUUUAAAAAAUGACAAAGACAAAAGAAAAGUACCUACAUGAUAAGCCUUUCAACACCAUUUGCUAUGAGCACGCCUUUCACCAAGCCAACCUUCUAGAGGGACUGAAUUCCUUGAGGCAAAAAGGCGCAUUGCUGGAUAUUACCCUAGUCAUAGAAGGCACAGUCUUCAGAGCACAUAAAGCAGUAUUAGCAGCAUGUAGCGACUAUUUCAGGGCCAUGUUUACGGAUAAUAUGCUAGAAGCAAGGCAGAAUGAAAUUUGUUUAAAUGGCCUUACAGCGACAGGAUUUCACCAGUUGCUGGAAUAUGCCUACACUUCCCGACUGGCCUUAAACAUUGCCAAUGUACAAGAUGUCCUAGAAGCAGCUUCUCAUGUACAGAUGGACGACGUCAUCCAGACUUGUUCGGGGUAUCUGCAGGCCCAGAUAGAUAUCGACAAUUGCGUGGAUAUAGCCACCAUAGCCGAAACGUAUUCCCUGACCCAGUUGCGGAUGAAAGUCUAUCGAUUUAUGAGUGGACAUCUACUAGAGUUUUCUAACAGCGCAGAAUUUUAUAGACUUACACCUCAACAGUUAGAAAAUCUGUUGGCGUUCGAUUACCCUGUUGAUUGUUCUGAAGCUGAUGUACUGAGGGUCGUCCUUGCCUGGUUCUUUCACGUGGAUACCAAUGAGUUAGACGUUCGCAUAGCUUAUGCUGUCCGAAUAAUUCGCUACAUACACUUCACCGAGAUCUCCAAAAGGAAGCUACACAGCAUCCUGGACAAAACUUUUGAGGACAGGAAAUACGAAUGGCAGUUAUACCGGCUCAUUCUCCAAGAAGUUUGUCUGCAAUCGGUCAAAGAUAAGUCCACCUUCAGUUCCAAUUUGCUCAAUUCAAGGGGCAUGGAGAUGGCUGUGUUGAAGAUCGGUGGAUUUGGAAUAAGUGGGAUAACAAAUGAGAUAACCUACUGCUUUUCUACGGAGAGGAAAUGGAAGCAUCUGACGUCCAUACCACACGUGGAGCAGUGUAAUUUUGGAACGGCGGUGUUCAAUAACGAAUUGUACAUAGUCGGUGGAUGCUUUAACCAGUCUUUGCAGGAGAAUAUACAUCCGUUUGGGUUUAAAUAUAGUCCAAGGUACAACAAGUGGUCCACGAUGGCUCCCAUGAAGAUUGAGCGUUGCCGCUUCAGCCUGAACGUAGUAGGAGACAUGCUGUAUGCUGUAGGUGGCGCUAGUGAAGUAGAAGAAAACAACACAAGCACCUGUGAAUGCUACAACCCAAUGCUGGACUCCUGGUAUAUGAUCCAACCACUGCCCGCUUACGUUAGUCAACAUGCAGGUGCAAGUUAUGAGAACAACUGCAUUUCCAAGCUUUAUAUCAGCGGUGGUAUCGACAGGGACAACGUACAGAGUUAUAUGUAUUGUUACGAUGUCCACAUGGAGAAAUGGCAGUCUUGCGCUCCUAUGUUGAAGCCCAGAGCUGACCAUGUCAUGCUUUCGAUAGGGAAGUACUUGUAUGUUUGUGGAGGAUGGACGGAGGACAGUGAGACCCGGGCCAGGAUACUAGUGGAUACGAUCGAUGCUUACGAUGUGGAAAAGGAUUGUUGGGAGGAAGUCACGCAGGUGCCCACUCCCCGUUAUCAUGCCGGCAUAGUCUGCGUCGAACAGAAAAUCUACUUUAUAGGCGGUUUUCACAGUGACGCAAUGUUUGAUAAAGACACAGCGGCCAUAGAGUACUACGACAUUGAGACUGGGUUGUGGACGAUCGAAGACAAGUAUCCACAGGACAUUUGGGAACAUACAUGUGCCACUUUAUACAUCCCCAAAUGUAGAGAUGACAUGGGCGUGAUACCGACUUCGGAGAGUUCUGUUUAAAUGUUUAAUAUAAUUGUUUAAUAUUGAUGAAAUAU